CCAUGGAAAAUUGAUAACGGUUUUGUGAUAUCAUAACAGUUUCUCCAGAUACAUCGCACAUUCUUCUAGGCACAAUUGUCCUUUUCGCCGUCUUUCCUGUUAUAUUCACGUUGACAGGACAUAGGCUUCAAUAUGAUCAAAUAUUAUCCCAAAAUACUGCGAAGAGCCUCUCACAACACCUACAUGAAAAUAGCCAUGAAAAUACGACAGAAACGGGGUGUAUGGGCCACACCUGCAUCCAUGGUUGGAUUUUUUCUUGGAGGCGUCUUGUUCGCAGGGUCGCAUCAUUUCUAUUAUCGAAAACUGGAUGAUACACUUGUUGGUUCAGCAGGACGUCAACAGUGGCCGAUUAGAAUUGGUACCGCUUUGGCAUUCUUGGUCCAAAGCUGUCUUGCAGCAGCAGCGAGCACAGCAUAUACCCAGUGGGUUUGGCGCAAAUGUCGACAACAAGCUAUCAAGAUCGGCACAAUCGAUAUCGCCUUUGACAUAAGCCACAACGUUUUCGAUUUCCUGAAGAUCAGUUUUGCCCGUGAAUUUGGACUCGUUACACUACUUGCAAUCGCUUUUUGGUGCAUGCCGUUGGCCUCUCUAGUCACGCCAGGUGCCUUGAGCAUAUCACCUAAGCCAAUUACAACGACUCGUAUUGUGUCCGUCAAUGUUCCUAAUAUCAAUGACCAUCGCCGUGUUAUACUCGACAGCUCUCUCCUGAGACUUGACCAUAUGCUAGAUAAACUCGCUACUGUUGGUGAGCUACCUCAGUUUGAUCCUCCCGAAAACCUACAGAAUGUUUCUUAUACCUUGGAAAUGACUGUCCCCAGCCUGAGCUGUAGCCCCAGCGAUGAAAAGGCUUCAUUAGAGGUAAUCUUAUCUGCGUUCAGACGGGCCUUCUCCAGGUCUGUAUACAAAGCGGAUGCCUACCAAUGCGAAUGGAACACACAGGAUUUGACAUUCGCCUCUAAAAUCGCUCCUGCCAACACGAGUGUUUUCAAAGGACACUUAAGUUACUAUAACACACCAUUCCCGAAUGACAAAAGACAUAUUGGGGUUGCUUUCCGCCAUAGGAAAGAUAAAAACAGCCCAUGGAUAGUAAACUUCCACGAAUGCUGGCUUGGUAGAGCGUCCGUCACGGUGGAUGUUGCCUUCAUCAAUAGUGGGCAAUCCAUCAAAGUUUCUACUAUCAGCAACAAGUAUGUUUGGGGGUCUUCGGAGCAGACCGAAUUAAGUGAAGCUGAUAAGAAGUAUCUUUCUUUUCAUCUUUCAAUGAUGGAAAUCGUUGGAGGAAUCAUAGUGACGUAUAAUUCUACUAUGGCUGACGAGAGCGAAGAUCUAAUAUAUCCGAAGUCGAGCGUGGGCACAAAGACAGAUCACACAGUACUUGGCAGAACUGCCGACUAUGCUGCAAUGAGAGCCUCCAUGGGUGAUAAAAUGGAGCUCGAUUCCGACCCUGACUCGGGAAUACAAGAGAAGAACAUGACAACUGUGAUGGAAGAACUAUGGUUAAAUGCUUCUUUAGCGCUAAUGAGCAUUCCGGGACUAAGCAAUAAGGUUCCGACGCAAGUAAACCAGACAUUGUGGCUGAACAAAUACACAUACGACCCAAAAAAUCUGAUUAUAGCGUACGGAUGCACCAUAUCAGCCUGUUUGAUAUCGAUCACAGCUGGGAUGUAUGCGAUAUAUAUGAAUGGUCAGAGCUACGACAACAAAUUCUCCUCGAUCAGUCAGGCUAUGCAGGGUCCCUGUAUUGUGGAUCUUUUUAAUUCUCAGACGGCAUCAGGAGCGAAUGAUAGAAAGAUAUGUGUCGCGAACACGAAGAUAAGACUCGAUGUGAGUGAGACGACGCAAAGAUUUCGUACGCAUCUGCGACAUGUAGGACUUGGGGCGGCGCAAGAGUUUUGA